AUGUCACCCUCAAAGGAAGUACUAUUAUAUGGCCCUCCAGGAUGUGGCAAAACACUUUUGGCCAAAGUUAUUGCCAUUGCCAGUGAAUGCCAGGCAAACUUUACUAGUGUCAAAGGUCCAGAGUUACUUACAAUGUGGUUUGGAGAGAGUGAGGCUAAUGUCCGUGAAAUUUUUGACAAGGCACGACAGUCUACACCUUGUGUCCUCUUCUUCGAUGAACUUGACUCGAUUGCUAGCCAGGAAAACAUGCUUGUCUUUGUACCCGGUUGGAGUUGUUUACCUUUCUCUUCCAUCUUUACCUUGGUUGGUUUUAGGGAUUGGGUUUUAUUUAAAUGUAAAGAGGUGAUCGUUAAAGACAUUUGA